AGCGAGUCGGUUGUGCAAUUCCGGGCUAAAAAGAAAUAGAAAAAAAGUGUUCAAAUUGAUAGAGAGGAUAGAAUGGCUGGACCGUUCCUAUCGCCACUGCCCGGUGACCUGUUGACGGAGUAUAUGUUCGGGAGGAGGCGACAGCGGAGGAAUAGGACCACUUUUACGCCCCAACAGUUGCAGGAGCUGGAAACGCUUUUUCAGAAGACACACUAUCCGGAUGUAUUUCUUCGAGAGGAGGUUGCCCUCCGGAUCAGUCUCAGUGAAGCGCGAGUUCAGGUUUGGUUCCAAAACCGCCGAGCAAAAUGGAGAAAACAAGCCAGGCUUCAGCUUCUGCAGGACGCAUGGAGAAUGCGUUGCUUAGGUAUCAACUCACCGCAACUAGUUGUUGAUCCACAAAACCCUGCCUCAGCCAACAACAACAACCCCCCUAGCAAGAAACCGGACGGCUCCGGAACACCUCCCAAAGAACCAGAAUUCACCCUCAUGCACCCGGCAUUCCAGGGGCCAAAUGGAUCCUCGCCGAACAACUCCACCGAAGCAGCCAAACGACCGGAUCUGCCAAAUCACCCUGCUCUUUUCCCUAACGGUGGACCAACAGGGCAACCCACAGUACGAGACGAUCGUCAACUGUACCCAUUGGCUCAUGCGGCCACUCACAUUGCAAACCACCCGGAGGAUUCCAACGGUAGUGACCUUUCGGACGGAUCCGAAGAGAUCGAUCUCACCACCAACGGAGGCUGCAUUGACUAUUCCAGCAGUGGGGCUAAUAGGAAUUAAGCUCUUCCAUUACACACAGUGUACAGUUGUGUUCAGAAUAAUAGUGGUGAAAGUCGAUUUUCAUAUAAACUGCUCCACUUUGGCAUGCACUAAUUUUGUUUCCCUCUGAGAAAUCGACAGAGAACUAAAUAUACUCAAGUUCAUUACCAAAAACAUUGAAAGUUUUCAGAGAAUUUGUGAAAAGUUUGACACCAGGUGAAAUUUUUGUGGUAAUAAUAAACUUGAGCAUACUUGUAUUUUUCUGCCAAUAUUCUUAUUCACAAAGUAACAGCAAGUCAAAGUUUAUCUCUCUGUCAAACUCGGUUUUUACUACCACUAUUUUGAGCACAUCUAUACGUAUACAUAGUUUAUGCAAGUGUACAUAUUCAGAUUUACGCUAGAAGCCAAAGCACUCUCAUUGUAAUCUUCUCGCUAGUCAGUCGUCUUGUGGAGACAUUCUCUGUUCAGAAGCAGUUUUAAAUACAUAUUACACAUUCUC